CCUUAGCCUAAAAUUUUCAGUCAAACGAAGCAUUCAAACGAUAACAUUUUGUCGAAACAAUUCUCGGUAAACAAAAAUGAGUCGAAUAACCCUAAAAAAAGAUACAGUAAUAGCAACAUCGCAUACAAGUCUUGUGGAAAGAAGGCAUGUGGACUUGCCGGUUUAUCCUAAACCGCUGCCGGAACGAGAUGUAUCAUACAAGCUCGAUGAGAAUGGAUUCACUUUGGUGGAAAAGGCGGCUUUGCGCAAUGCAUGGCGGUUCAUUGAGCCCUUCCAGCGACGUUUCGGCAAGGAUAACUUUUACAACUUUCUCACCCAACACCAAGAUUUAAUCCACUACUUUAGGGCCGAUUCCAGGUCUAGCGACUCCCAAAUCAAUCUGUCUAAGCUCCAUGGUCAUGCAUUGGCUAUGAUGAAGCUAAUAUCAAGGCUGGUUCAAACAUUGGAUGUUAAUUUACAAUUUCGGUUGGCCCUCGAUGAAAACUUGCCCACACAUUUAAGGAAAGGAAUCGAUUCAUCUUAUAUGAAGAUGCUGGCUACUGCCCUCAAGAGAUACAUAUUGGAAUCGGCGGUAAUACAAAACCAUUGUUCAUUUACUUUAACUAAUGCUUUGACACAAUUGGUUGGAAUAAUUGGGGACUAUGCUGUGGUCGAAGAUGCCAGAAAACGUGCUAUGUCCACGGCCUUAAGGACAUCGACUUUUGUGGAUACGAAAUUUGAUCUUUCGAAAGAUUCCUUUGCUUGAAAAAUGAUUAAGUAUGCUAUGGAAAAUAUUGCAAGGCUAAAAUAAAAUUAUAUCGUUAAUAUUCAUUGGAA